AUGGCCCAAAAGAGCUUUACUGUGGCCUCUUCGCCCGACGUCGGCGAGGUGGCCGCCGAGGAAGUUGACGACGAUGACUGGACCUGGAUUGAGCCUUUCAAUCAGCGGGCUAGACUAUACUGGCAUGUCACGGACACCGGCUACGACAUCGAGGUCGUCGACACCGACGGCUUGAUGCAGGUUAUGUCACAGGAGAGGAUCCAAAAUCUGAACUACAUCUACAACUGCAAUGACGUCGAGGCUCUAUGGAUGCUUAGAAUGAAAAGAGCACCAUUUGCCAGGCUUGUCGAGACCUUCAGGAGCAGGGGCCUGUUACAAGAUUGCAUCAACACCAGUGUCGAAGAGCAAGUGGCCAUGUUCCUCCAUGUUGUUGGCCAUAACCAGAGGUUCAGGGUCAUUCACAACACGUUCAGGAGGUCAAUGGAGACCAUCUCUAGGUACUUCAAGCAGGUGCUUUUUGCUGUUGGGGAGCUUAGUGGAGAGAUGAUCAGGAGACCAUCUGGUCAGACUCCACCAAAGAUUCGCGGAAGCCCAAGAUGGUAUCCAUACUUCAAGGACUGCAUUGGGGCAAUAGAUGGUACUCAUGUCACUGCCAGAGUUCCUAGGUCACAGUCUGCAGCAUACAGGGGGAGGAAGCACUACACAAGCCAGAAUGUGCUUGCUGUUGUUGACUUUGAUCUCAGGUUCACAUAUGUGCUGGCUGGCUGGGAGGGGUCAGCGCAUGAUGCAAACAUUCUCACUGACAGCAUGAGUCGACCUGAUGGGAUCAACAUCCCCGACGGCAAGUUCUACCUUGGAGAUGCUGGCUAUGCAUGUCGGCCGAGUGUUCUUCCACCCUUCAGGAAAACCAGGUACCAUCUCAACGAGUUCUCUGGUAGGAACUUUCCUAGGACUCCACAGGAGCUGCUUAAUCUCAGACACUCCAGCCUUAGAGUAACUGUUGAGAGGGCAUUUGGAGCUCUGAAGAAUAGGUUUAAAAUCCUGGAUCAGAAGCCAUUCCACCCAUACCCCAUGCAAGUUAAGCUAGUUUUUGCUUGUUGCAUUCUGCAUAACUGGAUCCUCCAGUGGGGCUUCGAUGAACACGUGCCUGAGGAGGAAGAGGUCGAGCCUGACGAUGUUGUUAGCUCUGACCAUGGUGUGGAGGCAUUUGACAAUGACGGUUGGAAGAACAAAAGGUUGGAGUGGGCAGAGGCAAUGUGGCUUAACAGAGGUCAGUGCAGGAUUUGA